CAAGAAAGCACAACACGCGAUCAGCUGUUAUACAACUUUUAAGGGAGACAACUGAUUCUGUUUUUAUUGAGAAACACGCAGAUGCGGAAGUUUGAAAGGUCAACAAGGAAAUCCAAGGAGCUACAUAAUCAGACAAAAACUUUGUUGAAGAAAGACAAUUAAAACAGUCAAGAUGACAAUCAUCAAAGGUUCAUCACUUAAACCAGAUAAAACCAUUCUUGAGAAGAAGCUACUACAGGAGUCUUUGGAAGAAGGAGGAGAGCAAGCACCAGAGGUCCAUGUUACACAUUUUCAUGUACAACAGAGAAGGAGAUGUUGUUUCAACUUUUUCCUGAUUUUACUUGCCUUGUUAGUAUUGGCUGCUGGUAUUGUGUCUGGUGUCUAUCUAUACAAACAUCUGUCUAGGAAGCAUUACAAAGGUUCAGUGACCUUUGAACCUACUGAACCCCACUUUUCAGCAGACCAACAGAAAAUGAUGGAACCUCACCCAAUGGACCAUUUUGGAAAGGAAAGAUCUCAUAUGAAGCAUGUCCACAUGAAUUUAAAUCGUUUGAAGAUGAAACCUAUGAAACCUUUCAGAGUUCAGCAAGAUGUGGAAGUUGAGGACAAUAGUUAUGAAAAAAUUCACAUGCCAAAGUUUGGCAUCUUUAAAGAGACUUUAGUGCUUCAUGAUUUCACAAGGAACUACUCUGGAAUUGUUGACUUUGAUGAAGGAGUAUGCUAUGUUAUGAGGCUGAAUAGAGACAAAAUCACACCUCCAAGAGAUUGGUUUGACUUGAUCAGAAAGUUUGCAACUGGCUACUAUAUGCCCAAGGCAUCAGUACUAAAGAGGAAAUACAGGGUAGCAGAAGGACCUCUGGAAGAUCUCUCCAGAUUUGGGGUCUACAUCGAAAAAGAAUGCAGCAACUACCGUACUUUCUGGCUGGAAAAGAAAGUUGGAGAUGGUUUGAUUGAGAAGAGAAGUGCCUCCAGUGAGAAUUGUUACGGAAACUUCAAUGGAAUUGACACUGUUGUAGAAUAUUGCAUCACACAGUAAAUAUGGAGCAGACAAUUUGUUAUUUGUUUUCUUGUUAUAACGUAUACAAACUUCAUUGCAAAAGCUACAUUAUAUACUGUUUCAUACAUUUAUGUAAAUUCAUAUUUGAUAAUAGGAUAGAGGAGAAUCUAUAAUGAAUCGAAGUCCAUACAAUUUGAGAGUAGUGUUCUGUGAGAUUUGUUAAUAUGGAUAGCAUAAUUUCGUUUAUCUGUGGUUAUAUGUUUUGAACAUCUGCACAAGUUUUACAAUUGGUCAGAUUUUUUUCAGAGUUAAAAUUGUAUAUAAAAUUUAUAGUAAAAUUUUCUCAUUAUAAAUGAUUAUAUUAAUUGUUAUUUAUGAAAAUGAGUAAGAAUCACAGAACACAUCUAGUAUAAAACAUGUAACAUCUUUAAUGUUCAGCAAACAAACAGUGAAUCUGAUUUCUCUACUGAAAAAAGUUGUAUUAAAGAACUUUGUGAAAGUUAUAUGAGAACCAUUUUAAAAAAUAUUGGUUUGACAGGAUGGACAGCAUUAACACAGCAUAAAUUUAAAGUAUAGGACAUAAAAAGUCAAUGUUUUUGAUAUGUUUUAUACUUUUCUUUGUGUCCAUGUUAUAACAGACCCUUUCUUCAGUGUUUACCAUUAGGACUGUUGUUAAUGUUAUUUUAGGGCCGUUCCAAAAAGUGAUUGUGAUGGGAGCAAGGGAGGCAAUCAAAUAAAUUUAUUAAAGGUAGUUCGUUGCAUCUUUCUACAGAAUUUGUAAAAAAUAUGUUUUGGUGGAUUUGGGUUAAAAAAAAUUGGCCUCCAAUGCCACAUGAAUAAAAGGUUGUUUUUCUGUAAAAUUCCUAUUAAAUCUGUCACUCAUUGUGAAAUGAAUAUCUGUACAUACAAAAAGUUCAGUGAAAUACUUUAUAAUAUGAAAAACACAGAAAAAGGAGGGAAAAUUCAAUAUUUUAGCUAGAUCAGUACUUGCACUGAUAAUGUUUCUUGUGUUUAUCAUUUAUUCCUUAUCCAAAGAUAUAUUUCAUUUCCUUCAUUUUAAACUGUCCAAUUCUAAAUUUAUCCUAUAAGAUUUGUAUAUAUGAACAAUGAUAUUUUGUUUUUUCAUUUUUUUUCAUUUCAAAUCAUAGAUAUUGAUGUUGUUUUUUUUGCUUACUUUUUUUUUAAAAGUCUUGUAAUAUCCUGCAUUAAACACCUUCAGCUUGAUAUGCUUCAUAGCAAACCACAUAUUUUUGCCUAGCAUUGUAUGUGUAUUUUUUUUAUAAUUAUUUUUUAUAAUGUUAUUUGCGUUAUUUAUUAUUUAAAUGUAAAUUUGUGAUAGUUUAAACUAAAGACAAAAUUACAAGAAAAAACAAAAUUUUGUCUAUUACAGAAUAAAAAAAACUUCUUUCUUCAUUUUGUUUUGGAAAUUGUAGUACAAUUAUUUUUUUCUGAGAUAAACACUAUCUGCAUUGCAAACUACAAAAUAAAAUGCUUUUUAAAAAAUACCAAUUUUUCAAAAUAUAUAUAUAUGGACUCAAUUCCCAACCUGUUUCCCAAAUCUAAAUUUCUUUUUUGAAAUCUAGCUUUUGUAAAGCUGCAAUUUCUAGACAAAGGGGAACAAGUAUUGACCAGAAUUGCCAAUACAAACUUAUUACUAUUUGAGUAGGAAAAUCCCAGAUUGUUUUGAUAGCUGUAUUCUCCCAAUUAAAUGUUAAAAUAGUUUUUUUAUUUUGUUUUGUAUAUUAACUAGAUGUUGUCUUUAAAUUGUAUGUUUAAAAUAGUUACAAAUAAAAAAAAUUCAGUUGAUACAUCUUUUCAUGCUAUAUUAAAUAUUAAGUGAAUUAUUUCUGUUAAACAAAAACAAGAUGUGUAAACAAGUUUACACUUUUAACUAUUUAACCCAGACCAGGGACGUAUAUAUAAGUCCUUGAAGAAUUGUGUUAAAUGCUAACUGACCCAUUUUACUGAUAUCAUGCCCUAUAAAAGUGAACAAAUUUUGUAUACGGCUUAAUUAAGAAAGCUUAAAAAUCUUUUAGUCCAAACAGAUUUGUAAUUAUCACUUGUCACCCCAAAAAUAGGGAAUGAAGUCACAAAACUAAUAACAAUUCAAAGACAAGUGAUGUAGCAAUCUUACAAUGUAAAUGUACAUACUGUAGAAAGAGAUAAAAUGAAACUUAAAAAUAAAGUUUUAAAUUUAUCAGUUAACUAUUCAGUAUAUUUUUAUUUUAUUUGACAAAAGAUACCACAGUCGUGUCUUACGUUCAUUGUAUUAUAGAUAUAUAUAUAUAUAAACUGUAAAGGCAGAAAUUACCAAUGAGGUUUUAAUUUAGUUAAUGUCACUGAUGGACAUUAUCCACAAAAUGAAAACAUGAAAAAACUUGUUACCUACAAAUAUUUUUUUCACUUUUACAUCCUGGAAAUUGGAAACAACAAAAAUAAGUUCUCAUGAAAUCAAGUUUUAGAGACAAAAGAUUCAAAAAUUUAACAAAUACAAUAUUUCUACAGUAUAAGGCUAUGUUUUAUACACAUACUUUCUUCAUUAAAGAUACAUUUCUAUAAAUUUCAUGAUCCAUUGUUUAAAGAAUAGCAAGUUUUUUGUUUUAUUUUAUUGAACCUAACAGAUUAAUAAAGAAAUAAGAAUUUCUAAGAUAUAGAAAACUUUUUGAAUUUUGUACAUUUUUUAAUGUUAUUUGUUAUCAUCAUAUAAAAAAUAAAAGUUUUCAUAAAACA